AUGUCUGAUGGUCAGGAGGGAAGCCCUUGUGCUGAGCCGCAAGGUGACAGAGAACAUGAGGAGCAGCAAAGUGAAGACCAGGAUGUGAAGGAGCACAACACCAGAUCAGAAAGCUUUAAGUCUCUGUUCAGGGCAGAGUCUCUGAGGGAUCAAGGUACUGACAGCAAACCACUGGAGGAGGAAACGUGGUUCUUUAAAGGAUUGAGUGGCAAAGAAGCAGAGAGAAUAAUUCUCCAACCAGAAAACAAAGAGGGAACUUUCCUGAUCAGAGAGAGCCAGUCAAAGAAAGGUUGCUAUGCUUUACUGGUGAAGCAUUGGGAUCCCAAGCUGGAUUUUAGAGUCAUGUCCUACAAAGUAUCCAACAGGCCCAGUGGCUAUUACAUCAAUCCACGGGUCAAGUUCAUCAGCCUACCAGAGCUAGUCAAGUAUUAUCACAGGUUGAAUGGCACUAAUGUCCGAGUGUCUGUGAAGAUGCAGAGUGUGGACGGGACUCCAAACCAAGCCUUCCUCAGGGAGGUCAGCAUUCGUAAAGCUCUUCAGCAUGACCGGCUGGUUCAACUUCUGGCAGUGGUGACACAAUCACAGCCCAUGCUCAUCAUCACCGAGUUCAUGAGCCAAGGGAAUCUAAACAGUUACUUGAGGAGUGACCUUGGUAGGCAGCUGGAAUUGGUGCUACUGAUUGACUUUGCUUUACAGGUUUUGGAUGGAAUGCUUUAUAUGGAAGAGAAUGCGUAUGUGCAUAGAGACCUGAGAUCGGCAAACAUUCUUCUCAAUGGUAACCUGGAGUGCAAAAUUGGAGAUUUCAGCCUCACUCAGAAACUGAAAGAACAGAGAUACAUCCUCUUGAAAGAUGAAAAGGUUGCAGUUAAAUGGACUGCACCUGAAGUCUUCAGAGAGGAGACACACACUACAAAAUCUGACGUCUGGUCCUUUGGGAUUUUCUUGAUGGAACUGGUGACUUUUGGGCAAACGCCAUACCCAGGUCUAACCUUUCUACAAACUGUUCAGUUUUUGGAAAGUGGUCUUCGCAUGCAACGCCCCCUGGGCUGCCCAGAGGAGCUGUAUCAUGUCAUGUUGAUGUGCUGGGGGGAGGAGCCCUGCAGCCGGCCAUCAUUUCAACUACUGCGUGACCUGCUGCAAAACCUCUGA